CCGCGUAGACGUUGAGCAGAGAGGAUCUCAGCAGUUGAGAGUAGGUACAAGUGCUGCCCACCAGUUUGCCCACAAUGGAUUUCAUGGAUCGGAAUAUCAACUUUAAUGCUCUCCUCAAGUUCUCCCACAUCUCCUCCUCCACACAGCAGCACCUUAAAAGGGUAUACUCCUGUUUUGCUAUUUGCUUGUUGGUGGCUGCUGCUGGUGCCUAUGUGAAUGUGGUCCUCAAGUUUCUGCAGGGAAGCUUCAUCUCAUUUGCAGGCUCUCUUGGAAUGAUGAUCUGGCUGAUGUCCACUCCACAUACUUUUGAAAAUGAGAAAAAGCGUCUAGGAAUUCUUGCUGGAUUUGCCUUCUUUUCAGGAGUUGGUUUGGGUCCAGCUUUGAAUAUGUGCAUUGCCAUUAACCCCAGCAUCAUUCCCACUGCUUUUCUGGGCACAGCCAUGAUCUUCAUGUGCUUUUCACUCAGUGCUCUCUAUGCACAAAGGCGCAGCUUCCUGUUCUUGGGAGGUAUUCUUAUGUCUGUUCUUAGCCUGCUGCUUAUCUCUUCUUUGGUGAACUUGCUUGUUGGAUCAGUUUUACUAUUCAAAAUGCAUAUGUACAUUGGACUGCUGGUGAUGUGUGGCUUUGUGUUGUUUGAUACUCAACUUAUCAUAGAGAAAGCUGAACAAGGGGAUAAAGAUUAUGUCUGGCACUGUGUGGACCUGUUUUUGGAUUUUAUCACCAUUUUCAGGAAGCUCAUGGUAAUCAUGGCAAUGAACGAAAAGGAGAAAAAGAAAGAGAGGAAGUAAAGCAGACUGGCUCCCCCAUAGCGUGGCUGGCACUUUUUUGGGUUUUCAUACAUUUCUUACUGAUGGCUUUCUUUCCUAUGGUAUAAUGAAAAGCUUGGGAAUCACUCUAUUGUCUUUUGUACAUUUUAUUGUACCUUCAAAAGUUUCAUGUUUACAGACACUGCCUGGCAUCAUCUUUAGAAGUAACUUGACUGCUGUGAUGCAACUUUGGGUAUCUGUACCACAAACCUUUAUCUCCCAGGUUAGCUAAACAGUGGCCCAUGGUCUUUUCCCCCUGAAAAUAUGCUCACUUUGUUGCUCCUGAAGACCGAGCUUGGGUAUAAUUGCUUAAAAUGAAUAGUAUUUCUGUGAAUUGUUAUAUUAUGAUAUUUUGCUUGCAGUGUACAUUAUGGCCUCUUCUUUCUGGCUGUAUCAAAUGAGUUGGCUCCUCUGCAAGCUCCACCAUGUUUGCAACAUCUUUAUGUGUUGUGUUCAUACAGAGUUUCCCAAUACCACAAACAUGGGAAACAUUAUCUUUUAUUUCCAGAAUGUUGCAUGUUGUGAAGUCUUUUGAGCUAUUGGUGAUCAGUUUUUUUCAGAUGCACUUGUUCCUUUACAAACAGAAAUAUAUCCAUUUACACCUGGAAUAAUAAAUAUGGUGCUCUUCCCUUCCAUCUCCUGAUUUAUCAGAUACAUAUCCAAGAAGAGAAGCCUAUUAUCUUUUAUGUACACUGGACUCUGGGAGUUUCUCAAUAACUGCCUAUUGAAUUUGCAAUUCUACUACUGCUUUCUGCUACACUUCAGUUUAUUUAGUGAUUAAACUAGCAAGAUAAUAAGGAAAUGUACCUAUCUAGAAAUGCUGAAUGUUAGAGUUAAAGUUUCUUGUAUUUGCCUGCAUCAUUACUAUACUGAUCUAGCUAAUCUGCCACGAUUUGGGCUCUUAACCAGUGAAGUUAACAAUAGCCAUCACCAUCUCUCUGCUAACCUGCAGGAAGAUUAAACCCUGAUCCAAAAGUAUUCUCAAAACUAUUACUAGUGGUUUUGCAUAUUGUAUAGAUUAUGUAAAUAUUCAUUUUCUGCAGUUAAGACUAAUGUCACACUAAUUAAUUUUGUUUUUUCCCUAUGCUCAUUAACUCUUUCACCAUGUACAUUUUCUUUGACAGAGGCAUGUGAAGCAGUAGUUGCCUCUAUUACAGUCAGGAGGAUUGUAUAGUGAAGCAGUCUGUAGAUUUAAAAACCUAGGCUUUAGUUGAAAUGUGUGUGUGUUGUAGGACAAAGGACAACCAAUGAAGGAAUUCUAGGUUGGAAAAUAAAGUAAUGUGGUAUUAAACUACUUUGAGGAUUUUUUUCCCUUUAAAUCUGCAGAAACAAAAUAACCUGUGUGACUUUGUCUAGGAAAAGGUCGUCUUCAUUAUAUUUCCCUAGGAACACUGCUCUUUAGCAUAAAGGGCAGUAUGUACACUUUUUCCACAUGAGUGCAGUGAAUAGGGCUUGUACUGAACAUGUUGUUUGUAAGAAGAUAUAUGUAUAGCUUUUAUUUCUUGCACUAAACAGGGCAAAAUUUCAAAAACAAAGAUAUAGUCUUUACAAUAAAACAUGCAGUCCCAUGUGAAGCGUCUGUGUAGCCUUUAUUAAAGGGGCUGUUCACCUUUAAAUUAGUAUGACAUAGAGAGGGCUAUUCUAAGACAAACUGCAUUUGGUUUCAUUUUUUAUUAGUGUUUUUUUAGUUGUUUAGCUUUUUUAUUCAGCAGCUCUCCAGUUUGUAAUUUCAGCCAUCUCCAAAUUCCAUGCAUUUAUAUGAAUAAGAGACUGGAAUGUGGCUAGGAGAGGCUCUGAAUAGAAAGAUGAGCAAUAAAAAGUAGUAUUAACUGUAAAUUUGUAGCCUUUCAGAGCAUUUGUUUUUGAUGGGGUUAGUGACCCCCCCCCAUCUGAAAGUUGUAAAGAGUCGGAAGAAAAAGGCAAAUCAUUAAAUAAACUAUUAAAAAUAAAUAAUGAAGACCAAUUGAAAAGUUGCUUAGAACAUACCAAAAGAUAGCUUAAAGGUGAACCACCCAUUUAAGGUGUGAGAUAAGGAGCAGCUCAUUAUACAGAAGGCUUUCUAGUGGACUGAUGAUUUGUUUUGCUCUGUUUGAAACCAUACGGAAUUCCUAAUCAAAAUAAUAAGCAAAAAUGAUGUUCAACACAGACCCCUAUUCAUCCAACUAGUAUUGGGGCGGGGAUUCAGCCCCUCUUUUCCUAGAUGCUCAGGUUGUGCUCACUAAUAGGAUUUUUGCAGAUAAUGAUCUGAAAGUGUUACUUGUCUCUUCUCUUUUUGCAUGCUUAUGGGGAUAUCGCCAGCUCCUUUAGAAACCGUGCCAAGAAUCUCCUCAAAGAUGAAAACUAUGUAAAAGAUUUCUAACAAUUCUUCAUAAUUUUAUUUUACAGUACAGUGAUCUGCUGUAGAGACAACUGUGAGACCGUGAAAGGUUUUUUUUUUGAUUGAAAUAUACAAAAAUAUGAGUUCAUUUGUACAAACGAAAUAAAACAUUAACAAUGUACUAAAA